AUGACUGACAAUGACUAUAAAAUACAGACAACGCCGACGGUCUUCCUGCUCGUCUUCUCGAACGUUACUCAAACCCUCUACGUAGUUACGACGGAUCUGGAGACUGUGUUCAAGAACACGUCGCUUGAAGAUUUUUUCAUGUCCGGAUUAUGGCACAAGGGCACGCCUUGGCCGAUAAUACAGCUAAGUGACAUCUUGAGGGUCGCGCUGGUGUGGCGAUUCGGAGGCUUCUACACGGACAUCGACACGGUUUGCCUCAAGGACAUCUUUCCGCUGCAGAACUUUGUCAUCGGCGGCCAUUACCCCAGGAACCAAAUAGCCAACGGAGCGUUUCACUUCCUGCACCACCAUCAGGUCAUGGAGGACUUAAUGACGAAGAUGAUCGAGGGAUAUAAACCAAGUCUGUGGGGAUCAAUGGGACCCUUCACGUGGACCAGAUACAUCAAGAAACUUUGCAAGAUACCAGACAUGCAGCACUUGUUUCCUGAUAACAGUUCGGAGCCCAUCAAGUGUGGCAACAUUUCCAUUCUCCCCGAAGAGUACCUACUGCCGUACCCAUGGUGGGAAUUUAAACAACUCUACGUACCUGGGAAAUGGCAGGAAUUUAUGGCUACAUUUAAGAACAAGUCGUACUCAAUACACUUGUAUGAAAACAAAAGCAAAGGUCUGAAGAUUAUUCAAGGGUCAGACAGUAUCUACGAAGGAGCAGCCAGGAAUUUCUGCCCUGUUACACAUCCUCUUCUCACAUAAGGCUCUCUGCGGAGAUCCUAAUGUAUUACACAAAUUUACAUAGUAAUAUUACUAUAUACGGAAACACCCAUCCACACACACACAUACACCUAUAUGUAUAUGCACACACACAC